AUGGAUUAAGAAUCUAAUUUUUAUUUCAGAUUAGAAUCAGAUAUUUAAAUCUAGAGUGGUAUACCAACAUUCCAAUAAAUUGGUUAAAUAAAUUUUAUGCAAUCAGAAUUAUAAAUUCCCCCCUAAAUAUAAUAGGCUAACCUUAUUCAAUCUCCAGAAAACUCUAUGAUUAUGUAAGCUUCCCCGAUUAAUGGCCAUUUAUUUGGUAACAAUUCUCCAAUUCAUUCUUAACAGGAUGAAGAGGAUAUUUCUCUUGUGAAUCAGAUGUAUGAAUCCCAAGUAUUUUCAUAACCAAUUUUGGACAUUUCCUAAAUAAGUCAAAUUUAACUCUAACCUAAAACUAAAUUGGAUCUAACAGAUCAACCAAAAUACAAAAAAAAAAAAGUUGGAUGUUCUUGUACUAAGAGAAAAUGUUCUUCCAAAUAUUGCUUUUGUGCUAAAGUUGGUCAAUCCUGUUCCAAUCUAUGUAAAUGUGUCGAUUGCAGUAACAACAAAUCCUUCAUGAGUUAACAAAUACAAGUUACAAAUGCUUAAGAACAAAAAGGAUGUAAGUGCAAGAAAAACUUUUGCUUAAAAGGUUAUUGUGAUUGUUUUGCAAAAGGAAUGCAAUGUAGCUCUAAUUGCAAAUGCAUUUCAUGCAAAAAUAUGCUAACGAUUGAACCUAUCAAAGACAAAGUACCAAUAAUUAAGAAAAAAAUCAAAAAGUUUAGUAAAUUUUAUAAGAAUAAAAAAGGGUUCAUUAGAACAAACAAAAAAGGACUAAUAUUAACUUAAGUAGAAAAUUAAUGA